CUCAAUUUAACAGUUACUUCAUACCUACUUCUAUUUCAGUUUAUUUGUAAGUAAAUAUAAUAGUUUAGUUGCAAUAUAAAUACUGAAAUUAGUAACAACAAUAAUGUUUGUAUAAAAGGAGUUGUUAGAAAUAAUCAGAUAACAUUUGAACUUUGGUAGGGUUUUGAAUUUGAGGCAGCCAUCUGAUCUAAGUUAGAGAUAUUUUGUAGAAAUGGUUAGGGCAUGGUAUAUGGAUGAUGAUACUUCAACUGAUCAACGAUUGGAGCAUCAUCAAAAUCCUCCCCAUUUUGUUAAUUUGGAUGAACUAUUUCAACUUACAGGAGUAGAGUAUUUUCCAAUUUCAAUCGACUCAUAUAAAUCAGAUGGCAAAUUGGAAGAAUUAAAGAAAAAGAGAGGGUACACCUAUGAAGAUGAAAUAUGUUGCUCCAGAGAUACUUUACCAAAUUAUGAAGAAAAAUUGAAAUCUUUUUUUAAGGAACACUUACACACUGAUGAAGAAAUUCGUUUUAUUUUAGAAGGAUCAGGCUAUUUUGAUGUAAGGGACAAGUAUGAUAAAUGGAUUAGAAUUGAAGUUAUACCAGGAGACCUAUUGAUUGUUCCAGCUGGAAUAUAUCAUAGAUUUACUUUGGAUGAAAAGGAUUACAUCAAGGCCAAAAGACUAUUUGUUGGGGAGCCAGUGUGGACACCACACAACAGACCAUCAGAUGAUUUACCUUGCAGAAAGGAAUAUUUGGAGAGAAUGCAAAUUACAGCCUAAUUAAUAAGGAAGAUGUAAUCUACAUACAUAUCUAUAUACAUACAUCAUCACAGGGUCAUCAGUUCAAAGACUAGGUGGACAUGCAUAUCUACUUCUUAUGCUGAGACAAUCUUUCCAUUGCAUUAAAACUACAACAUACAUCCCUAUUGUUUGUGAGCAAUAAUCCAAUCUAGAUCUUUCUCUGCACCUCAUUACUCCUGGUUAUGCUUUUAAUUAGCCCAUCAUGCCUAAGUGUUCUACCAUCCCUUCUACCCUUUUCCUUGUUAACAUCCACAACACUCGUUGCUCCUCUAGUCUUUUCAAUGCUUCAUUAUUGUAUAUGUGCAUAUAUUGUAUGUUUUAAGCAAUUAUGUUACAAUAAACAUCAUACAAAUGUUAA